UAGUCAGUGAUUUUGAUUAUAGGACUCAACAUUUUUCAACUAAUAUUAACAAAAAAAAAGUAAUAGGCUAUUUGCUGGAAAUUAGUUUGUUUCCCAUUAUUCUGGUUUGGUACGAUUCAAUAGCAAAGUAUAAGUUUAUAAAAUGUUUAGAGAAUCAAUUCAUUUACUUGUUAAUUAUAGCCUUUUUACUUAUAAAAAUUAACUAAAUGUUAGGUAAUAAAUUUCCGUAGUAUCAUUUUAUACAGUUACUGUUAAACACACUGGAUUUCAUUCAUCUGUCAUUGUUAGGGAACCCAGAGCCCACGAGCUUGCGCAUUGCAAUCCACAGUGUUGUCUUCCAAAUCAUAUGUUUCGCCACAGAAAAUCGAUAUUCCAUGAGAAAAGUUCCAUUCCUCGCAAAGUAAACACGGAUCCCCAAUUGCAUCGUUACAACAUAUUGUCGCUUCGGAAAGUUGAAUCAAAUCUGCAGAAGCAGCGCCAUGCAGAUGAAUGACAGUGGACACGAAACUGACGACCGGCUGGAAACGCUGUUUUUCGAUAACCUGGAUACGAGUGGCGAUAUUCUUAAUGAAGUUCAGGUCAACAAUUCGGAUUCCGAUGCAGAAAGUGAUAUUUACUCGAAGAUAAACGAUUUCGAUGUAGUAUUUCACGACCCGAAGGAAAAACACUCCCAGUUCGUAGGAGCUGAUGAAUCCAAAAGACAGGUUGCGAGCGCAGAACUGCUGAUAGAUAAAGUCCCUACACAAACGAAGGUAGGAACCGAAUCCACCAACAACAAUCGUAGGGUACUGACCAGCGACAACAGCACCGAUUCGUAUGCGUCUUCCAUAGCCAAUAGCAGUGUAUCGACCCAAGAGGAUGACACACAAUCAAAUCAAAAGCAACCCCAAAUUAACACGUGCAAAGUUUUGCAACGUAAGCUGGAGCUGAAAGUGGAACGGGCAAAGCGCAAUUAUCGUCAGAUGUAUGAGGAACAGGACAACAACCAGGACUUGGUUCACAAAUCGGCUUCACUUAUACCCAUUUCACGACUGCCCAUACCGGGAAGUGCCGUUGUAGUGCGGGGCUCCCACCAACCACUGGUGGAUGUCAACCCAUCCGACGGCAACAGCGACGAGGAUGAUCUGGAACCGGUUUCCUUCUUCCCCAAGCCAAACCGCAAAAUGACAGAUUCAGCGCACAAACGUCAGGAGCUGUCCGACACGUUCAGCAUACAGGAGAUGACCAUCGAGUCCGACCAGGAGGACGAGCUGGACUUCCAGCAGUGUCGGAAGCUGUCCAACAGCAAGGGCUACAAGAAGAUUCUGAAUCGGGGUAUGAGCGCGGAGAGCGACUACCUGGACAACGAUGCGGAGGAUUUCGACGAUGAGGACUCGCAAAACUUGGAGCUGCUGCCGCCGAACGUGGGUUACAGCAUGAAGGAAUGGGCCCAGCGAGCGCUUUGUUGCUUCAGGCGUAACGAUUUCCUAUCUUGAGAGUAUGAGUACAAGCUGGUUGUCGCCGAACGGACCGACAACGGCUGAAGGGUGCUGAGGGGCUGGGACACUGAACUUGUAAUCAAUUGGAAUUAAGGAAGAUUAUUAAUUCUCAAAUAAAUCAUUGUUUGAAAAGCGA